GGGAGGGGGAGGAGGAGGAGGAGGAGGGAUCGCCUGGCCGGGGGAGAGCGAGCGAGCGAUGGAGUUGAGCCUCGACGGGCUCGGCACUCUCCACCAGGCCGGGGAGCUCUUGAGCCCCGCCGGGGCGCACGCCAGGCAGCCUCCGCCUCCUCCGCCUCCCCCUCCGCCUCCUCCCCCGUCGGCGCACCGCAACCUCGUCUCCUCGCACGGCCGGCCGGCCAUGGUCUCCAGCAUGGCCUCUAUCCUCGACGGGGCGGGAGACUACCGGCCGGAGCACACCUUGGGCGGCCCUCUCCACCCGGCUAUGAGCAUGGCUUGCGAGUCGCCCUCGGGGAUGAGCACCUACACGACUCUGACGCCUCUGCAGCACCUGCCGCCCAUCUCCACCGUCUCCGAGAAGUUCCACCACCACCACCAUCCUCACCACCACCCGCACCACCACCCGCACCACCCGCCGCACCACCAACGGCUCUCCGGGAGCGUCGGCGGCAGCUUCACCCUAAUGCGCGAGGAGCGCAGCUUGGCCGCUUCCAUGGGGAACUUGUACGGCCACUACCCGAAGGACAUGCCGUCUAUGGGGCAGGCGCUGUCGCCCCUCUCCAACGGCCUGAGCCUACACAACGGGCAGCAGUCGCUGGCCCCCUACGGCCCCGGCGCCCACCUGGCCGGAGACAAGUUACUUUCGCCCAACGGCUUCGACCCUCACAUGCUAUCCAGGAGCGAGGAACACCUGGCGCGGGGUCUAGGCGCUCCGGGCUCCGGCAUGAUGUCCUCUCUCAACGGCAUGCACCCCCACGGAGGACACCCCCACGGGCAAGCCAACGGCGCCCUGCUGGGCGAGCGGGAGAGGCAAGGCUCGUCCGCGUCGGGCUCGCAAGGCGGCGGCUCCGGCCAGGUGGAAGAAAUCAACACCAAGGAAGUGGCGCAGCGGAUCACGGCCGAGCUGAAGCGCUACAGCAUCCCGCAGGCCAUCUUCGCCCAGCGGAUCCUAUGUCGCUCGCAGGGCACGCUCUCCGACCUCUUGAGGAACCCCAAGCCGUGGAGUAAGCUGAAGUCCGGGCGGGAGACCUUCCGACGGAUGUGGAAAUGGUUGCAGGAACCGGAGUUCCAGAGGAUGUCUGCCUUGAGGCUGGCGGCAUGCAAACGUAAAGAGCAGGAGCAGCAGAAGGACCGGAACCUACAGCCGAAGAAGCAGCGGCUCGUCUUCACGGACCUCCAGCGCCGCACCCUGAUCGCCAUCUUCAAGGAAAACAAGAGGCCAUCCAAGGAGAUGCAGAUGACCAUCUCGCAGCAGCUGGGCCUGGAACUCAACACCGUUAGCAACUUCUUCAUGAACGCUCGCCGGAGGUGCAUGAACCGUUGGCAGGAAGACCCUGGCGCCAACCCCGGGGUUCCUUCUUCAUCUACAAGCACUUUUUCCAAAGCAUGAUCUCCUCCUCCUUCUUCUCACCCUCUCCCUACAUCUCCCCCCUCUUGUCCAACACCACACAGCAGCCAAAAAACUCAUCGCCUUCUCCAUGCUGGCUUUCCUUCUCCUCACCGCCAUGCGCACACCUUGAGCAACCAGCCACUCAUACCUCAAGCACAGCCAUCUGCACCAGGUGCAAUUGGAAUCCUGCUAGAGCUCUGGGAGCAUCCAUGCGUCUUAGAUGCACAACUGCCAUGCAUCUGAGAUGCACAAGAGCCCUUGCCUCCGGCCGCCUUCUGAAAGCUGGUGCCUGAUUUGCAGA